CGGCCCCGCGGGAAACUGGCAUUUGGCCCAGGAGCCCUCGGGGCUCCGGGCAAAGUCCCGAGCACGCGCCCUCGAGCAAGACACGUUCCCUGAAGGCGCGUGGUCGCUGCCGCCUCCCACGGCCACUCAAUUUCGAGGUUAUAAAUCCCGGCGUGGGUCCUCAACUCCCAGCCCCUUCACGGACCGAGCAGGUGAGCACUGCGCAGCGCGGGAGCCUCCAUCUAGCUCCGGAGCCGGGAGCGACCUGGUCCGGGCCGCUUCGCCAUGCUCCCCUGGGGGCUGAGCUGUCUGUCGGUGCUGGGGGCGGCGGGCACCGCUCUCCUGUGUGCCUGCCUGCUGCUCAGCCUGGCCCAGCAUCUCUGGACCCUCCGCUGGACGCUGAGCCGGGACCGGGCCUCAGCCCUGCCCCUGCCCAAGGGCUCCAUGGGCUGGCCCUUCUUCGGGGAAACGCUGCACUGGUUAGUUCAGGGUUCGCGCUUCCACAGCUCCCGCCGGGAGCGCUACGGGACUGUCUUCAAGACGCACCUGCUGGGCCGGCCGGUGAUCCGCGUGAGCGGCGCCGAGAACGUGCGCACCAUCCUGCUGGGCGAGCACCGCCUGGUGCGCAGCCAGUGGCCGCAGAGUGCGCACAUCCUGCUGGGCUCGCACACGCUCCUCGGCGCCGUAGGUGAGCCGCACCGGCAGCGGCGCAAGGUCCUGGCGCGAGUGUUCAGCCGCGCAGCCCUGGAGCGUUACGUGCCGCGCCUGCAGGGGGCGCUGCGCCGCGAGGUGCGCUCUUGGUGCGCGGCCGGCGGGCCCGUGGCGGUUUACGAGGCCGCCAAGGCGCUCACCUUUCGCAUGGCCGCGCUCAUCGUCCUCGGGCUGCGGCUGGACGAGGCGCAGUGCGCGGAACUGACCCGCAUCUUCGAACGGCUCGUGGAGAAUCUCUUCUCGCUGCCUCUGGACGUGCCCUUUAGCGGCCUGCGCAAGGGCAUCCGGGCACGGGACCAGCUUUAUCAACACCUGGAGGUGGCCAUUGCAGAGAAGCUUCUGGAAGACCAGGCUGCAGAGCCAGGCGACGCCCUGGCCACGAUCAUCCGCAGCACCCGGGAGCUGGGUCACGAGCUCUCCAUGCAGGAGCUGAAGGAGUCCGCUGUAGAGCUCCUCUUCGCUGCCUUCUUCACUACGGCCAGUGCCAGCACGUCCCUUGUCCUGUUGCUCCUGCAGCACCCGGCAGCUGUCACCAAGAUCCGGCAGGAGCUGGCAGCGCAGGGGCUAGGGCCCGCCUGCAGCUGUGAGCCAGGGGUGGCCAGGGGCAGCGGGGGGCCCCGGCCUGACUGCAGCUGCGAGCCGGACCUCAGUCUCGCAGUGCUGGGCCGCCUGCACUACGUGGACUGCGUGGUCAAGGAGGUGCUGCGCCUGCUGCCCCCCGUGUCCGGGGGCUACCGCACAGCGCUGCGCACCUUUGAGCUGGAUGGCUACCAGAUCCCCAAGGGCUGGAGCGUGAUGUACAGCAUCCGGGACACGCACGAGACAGCCGCGGUGUACCGCAGCCCGCCCGAGGGCUUUGACCCUGAGCGCUUCGGUGCGACAGGAGAGGACGCCUCGGGCGCCGCCGGCCGCUUCCACUACAUCCCGUUCGGCGGCGGCGCGCGCAGCUGCCUGGGCCAGGAGCUCGCCCAGGCUGUGCUCCAGCUGUUGGCGGUGGAGCUGGUGCGCACGGCGCGCUGGGAGCUGGCCACGCCUGCCUUCCCCGCCAUGCAGACGGUGCCCAUCGUGCACCCGGUGGACGGACUGAGGCUCUACUUCCACCCGCUGGCUCACGACGCGGCGCGGGAUGGACCACGCCUCUGACCCGCGGCUCCGCGGGAUGGACGUGGCCUGCGGCAACACUGCCCCUCUGCGGCUCCCUCGGGCUGCGCGGGGCUCUCGCUCUCUCCUCGCAUAGUCCCCGAAAGCCGCUCGCGGCCGCGCUCAGAGGGGAGGCGCGCGAGCCGACGCCCCGCGCGCCCCGGUCGUGCCCAGGCUCCCGUGACCCGCGCCUGGAGGCAAGAGAAGUCGUAGGUCGAACCUGGAAGCAGAAACGAGGGAACUGAUUUCCUGUAGAAGCUACGCAGACUCGCCUGCCUUCCCGUGCCAAGACCAAGGAUGUGGGACCGCUGGGAGGGUUGAAUCCUGCCGACGUGCUGAGCUCCAGCGAGAAUCGGGGCGGAGGCGCUUUUAAGAACGCAUUGCCCUAGGAAGACGCCAACGGAAAGUCUUCCCCCCUGCCCCCCACACGCGGGCUCGGUGCGUCGUGGCCACUCACUCCACUGAUCUUGUCGCAAAACUCUUGAGCUGCGGACGGGGCCAGUUCUCCAGACAGCCCCACAACGUCAGCACCUGCAAGGCCACUUCUGGGGGACAAAAUCCGACUCUGAGAAAAUUUUGAGGAAGAAUAGAUGGCCCGAGAUUGAUAGGACUGGAUUACUGGGGGUGCGGGCUGGAUUACCGGGGUGCAGGGAGUGUUCGUGUCCCAAACAGGGCGGCCAGGAAAAGGUUGCUGGC